UAGUUCAGUGUUGAAAUUGCAAGAACGUUUGUUUAAAAAACUUGAGUCCAUUCCAGCAAACUCAACAGACAAUCGGUGGAAGUGGUUUAAGAAUUGUUUAGGUGCUCUAGAUGGGACAUACAUCAGGGUUACGGUGUCAAGUGCAUAUAAACUUAGAUAUCGCACUCUUAAAGGGGAUAUUGCAACAAAUAUGUUAGGUGUAUGUAUACUUGACAUGCAAUUUGUCUUUAUUUUUCCUGAUUGGGAAGGGUCUGUAGCUGAUGGCAGAGUUCUUCAAGAUGCACAAAGAGAAGAAAUGGACUUAAAGUGCCUCAUGAAAACAAUGUCCACAUCUUCAGCCCUAGCUUCUCAAAGUUUAAAGGGAACCAAAAGAAAAUGGAAUUAUCAUGAAGAUGUUGUACUUGUUUCAGCUUUGAUUGAUUUACACAAUGUAGGAAAAUACAAUGUUGACAGUGGUUUUAGAGGGGGUUAUUUGUUAGAACUUGAAAAUAGGCUUACAACAAAAUUACCAGAUGCAAACUUGAAGGCGAAGCCCCACAUAGAGUCUAGAAUAAAGACUUUGAAAAAAGAAUGGGCUAUUAUAUAUGAUAUGGUGCAAGGGACACAUACUAGUGGAUUUGGAUGGGAUGAUCAAAGGAACAUGGUUGUUGCUGAUGAUCCUGUAUGGGAAUCUUACAUACACAGUCACAAAGAGGUUGUCCUUUUUAGAAGAAAGAGUUUUCCUUUCUUCAAUAAGCUUAGUCUUAUUUAUGCAAGAGAUCGUGUAACAGGAAAAGAUGCACAAACUGCAGUAAAUAUCCUCGAAGAAAUGCAAGACCGUAAUGAUACAAUAAAUGAGGAAACUGAAGGUGAAAACCUAGCUGGAUAUAAUUUUGACGAUGAGGAUUUCUCCAAUAUUCAAUCUCAAACAUUAGCUCCUAUAAGUGAAACAACUUCAGCAAGGAAGAAGAAAAGGCUAAAUGAGACGGGUGAUCCUAUUACAUUUGAAUCAAUUAUUGCUGCUGCCACGAUAUUGGGUGAAAUCAUAAAAGAGGUUGGAAUUGAGUUUAGCAAAAGUGUUGGGGCAAAGGUGAACAUCCAACAAAAGGCUCAAGAGUUGGAUGAGAUUUUAAGUCAAGUUGAGAGAUUGACAGUGAGGGAAAGGGUUCUUGCUUCAAUUAAACUUCCGAAAUCUCCAACUUUUAUGUUUGUGUUUUUUAGUAUUAAUCCUGACCGAAGACUUGAAUGGCUGAGGACAUUUCUUGCUGACCGUUGAGCUUGGAUGGCUCUGAAACUUUUUGUGAAGGUAAGUUCCCGAUAUUGUAACUCUUUGGCACAUGUGGUUGAUGUUGAUACUAAUUAUGAGAUUCAUUAACAAGUCUAAACCCU